AUGAACUCUGGUAUUGCUUUCCUUUUUUCUAGUAUUGUUAUAUUUUGGAUUACCUCUACUGUCUCUGCUUCGGGUAAUGAGACCGAUUAUCAAGCGUUGUUGCAGUUCAAGUCAAUGAUCACCAAUGAUCCAUUAAGCUCAUGGAACGCCUCCUUUCAUUUCUGUGAGUGGAGUGGUGUUUCAUGUGGGAAGCGGCACAGAAGAGUCACUUCUCUACAACUGUAUUCACAAGGCCUAGAAGGCUCAUUGUCUCCUCAUGUAGGGAACCUCAGCUUCCUUCGUUUCUUUUCUCUUUGGAACAACAGCUUUCAAGGAUUGAUCCCAAAUGAACUUGGUCGUCUAUCCAGACUACGUGUCCUCGACCUUGGCUAUAACAAAUUCAACGGAGCCAUUCCAACAAACCUGUCCGGUUGUUCUGAUAUGGAAAAGCUUGGACUCCAUAAUAACAAGCUGGUUGGAAGCAUUCCCAAAGAGAUCAGUUACCUGUCCAAAGUUACUUUAUUUUCAAUUCUUACUAAUAACUUAACAGGUGGAAUCCCGGCUGUCUUGGGGAAUAUAACAUCAAUGGAAGUGUUUGCUGCUGUUGACAAUCCGUUGGGUGGGAGCAUUCCAGACACCUUAGGCCAGUGGAAAAGCUUAACAGAUCUUGGCUUGGGUGCUUGUAACUUAUCUGGAACCAUCCCUCAUUCCAUUUAUAACCUCUCACUUCUAACUAUUUUUUCCUUGGCUGGGAAUCAGCUUACCGGUAGUCUUCCUUCAGCCGUAGGUGAAAUGCUCCCGAAUCUUGAGCGCCUUCAAUUACGGGAAAACCAACUGACCGGACCUCUUCCACCCUCGCUAUCUAAUUGUUCCAAAUUACAACUUGUCGCAGUGAACAAGAACAAUUUUAGGGGGAAGUUGACAAUCAACUUUGCAAGACUAAAAGAUAUCCAUAACUUAAUCUUGGGUGAUAACAUCUUUGGAUCCGGAGAAGCUGAUGAUAUGAAGUUUAUUGAUACUCUGAAAAACUGCAGCAAAUUAGAGUACUUGGAUUUUCGCAAUUGCAAGUUUCAAGGAGUGCUGCCCGUAUCAAUUGGUAAUCUUUCUGAUCAGCUCCGUUAUCUUGUUAUACAGGGAAAUCAUCUACAUGGACGCCUCCCUUCAAGUAUAGGUAAUCUGUUCGGCUUGACCUCUUUGGCUUUAUCAGGUAACCGAUUCACUGGAAUAAUCCCAUCCACCAUUGGUAAGCUUCAAAAGCUACAAGAAGCUUAUCUACUAGGGAACCAAUUUUCAGGGCCGAUUCCACAUGCCCUCGGGAACUUAUCAUUGUUGACUAGACUUUGGUUAAGCUCCAACAGAUUGGAAUUGGAUAUUCCAUCCACCCUGGGAAAUUGUCAUAAUUUAUUCGAGAUGUAUCUUGAUGACAAUAAACUCAGCGGCAGAAUACCUAAACAGCUUCUUCAACUUUCAUCUCUAACCAUAGCAUUAAAUCUUUCUCACAACAACCUGUUUGGGUCACUUCCAAUAGAGGUUGGCGACCUUAAGAUGUUGAAUUAUCUUGAUCUAUCUAAUAAUAAUUUAUCUGGUAAAAUUCCUAGUAGCCUUGGAGGUUGCACUAGCCUUUUACACUUAUCCCUCAAAGGCAACUUAUUUCAAGGCAUGGUACCACCGUCAUUAAGUUCAAUGAGAGGAAUUACAGUACUCGAUCUCUCUCAUAAUAAUUUAUCGGGACAAAUUCCUCGAUUCUUGGAACAGUUGACCUUGUUAGAAUAUGUAAACCUAUCCUUUAAUGACUUUGAGGGCGAUGUACCGGUGGUAGGAGUGUUUGCCAAUGCAAGUGCAUUCUCUGUUUUAGGGAAUAGUAGGCUUUGUGGUGGCUUGGCUGAGCUUGGCUUGCCCAAAUGCCAGGCAACACGAAAACCUAAAAAAGGAUUUCCUUUGUUUGUGAUAUUCAUUCUGAUUGCAUUCACCCUCGCCGGCGUUUCAUGUUUUGCAUAUGUUUGGUGUAAGAAAAGGAAGGGUCAACCGUCUGAAUCAUCGAGGGACGAACGAUUCAUGAAAGUAUCAUACGCUCAACUUCUCAAGGCUACCAAUGGUUUCUCCAAAGCAAAUUUGAUUGGUGAGGGCGGGUUCAGCUCUGUUUACAAAGGAGUCCUCGAUCAUGAUGAUAGAUUUGUUGCAGUCAAAGUUCUACAUCUUCAAACUCGAGGUGCUCACAAAAGUUUUAUGGCAGAGUGUGGAGCAUGGCGGAGUAUUCGACACCGGAAUCUGUUGAAGAUAGUAACUUCAUGUUCAGGUGUUGACUUUCAAGGCAAUGACUUCAAAACUUUGGUAUACGAGUUCAUGUCCAAUGGAAGUUUACAUGAUUGGUUGCAUUCAAGUGAAACUACAUCCGGAUUGAACCUCGUCCAAAGAAUAACCAUUCUCAUUGAUGUCGCAUGUGCACUUGAUUAUCUGCACAAUCAUUGCUUGCCAACCAUCGUUCACUGUGACCUGAAGCCUAGCAACAUUCUACUUGAUGAUGAUAUGGUGGCCCAUGUUGGAGACUUUGGUUUAGCACGAUUUCUUGGAACAAAUUCAAACCAAAACAGCACAAGUGGCAUUAGAGGAACGAUUGGGUACACACCUCCAGAGUAUGGUGUUGGGAGCGAGAUGACAAGUAGUGGGGAUGUCUAUAGUUUUGGAAUACUAUUGUUGGAGGUGAUGACAGGGAAGAGGCCAACAGACAACAUCUUUAACGAAGGCCUUACCCUUCAUAAAUUUGCACAAAUGGCCUUGCCAGACUCUGUAAAUGAUGUUAUUGAUGAUGACCUUCUAAAAUUUUUUCAAGAGGAUGCUAUUGCUACACAAUCCACGUUAGAAUAUGCAAAGAAAAUAGAGGAAUGUCUGGCUUCAACCGUCAAGAUUGGAGUAUCAUGCUCUGUGGAUUCCCCACCACAACGGAUGAACAUCGCAAAUGUUGUCCAUGAGUUGCAACAUAUUCUAGAUAUGCUUCAAAACAUUUGA